UAUCCCGGAAUAAGGACAGCACGCAUGUGCCGUCAACCCGGAUGUAGAUUUUUUUACGCGUCUAUUCCCCAUUUCAUCAAGUUAUGACAAAUUGGCGUUAAUAAUGAGCAGCAUAUUUUAGUACCCGCUACACAAGGCUUUUCCAUUCCAAACCCGUUCCAAACCAGUCAAAACCGGGUCAUACAGCCGUGAUAUGUCACAGCUGAGUGACAGCUCCACAACAGUCUCUUCCCGAAGACCUUCACUUUUGACUAAAGAAUUCGUCCUGUAACUUGGAGAAUGGACUUUCGCGGCAGGAGGCAUGAGCGAGGCAGCAACUGGACCGACCCGGAGAUAGUGGAGCUGCUCCAGCUGUGGUCUGAUGAGUCCGUCCAGAUCGAGCUGGAGAGCUCAUUGCGCAACCAGCGCGUCUUUGACCGCAUAGCCCACAUUCUGCGCGAAAAGGGCAUCUACCGCACCGGUGACCAGUGCAGGGAGAAGAUCAAAAAGAUGAAGCUGGAGUAUCGCCGCAUCAAGGACAACCACAAAAUGAGGUCGUGGAAGUUUUAUGAUGUGAUGGACAGGGUCCUGGCAAACCGGCCGGCAAUUACCUACUCCUCUCUGGGCGGAGCUGUCAUAGCUCAACAGGUGUUUCAGAGCCCCAGCGGCCCAGAGACAUACAUGCAAGGGGUCCCUGCGGGCUCGUUUGGUCCUGUGACUUCAGGGGGGUUUCUGUUUGGUCAUCCACCAAGAACAGGAGAUCCGCUGGAUAUAAAAUGUGAGGAUGUUGAGGACAGCAUGCUGAACUCAGGGGUUGCACCUCCAGAAAUGUACUAUGGAUCUGGAGAUGACCAGGAGACAGAUGGGCAGUCUCUCCUGGAACCAGAGGACACACUUGGUCGAGGAGAGAGCUCUACAAAUGCAAGGAUCUCACCCUCAGGUUUUAGUGACCUAAACAUGGCUGGCUCUGCCACCCAGGCCGCUGGUGGUCCUGUGCAGCAGGAGACAGCUGGCCAGCACAGUAAGGACAGUGCUCAUCCCCUGCCUACUAUGAGGCAGAGAAAGCGUCGCCGGGCUGGCAGAGUGUCAUGGGGCUAUCGGGGUGCUAGAUGUGGUGGUCAGGGGAGCCUGGACAAAGCCUUGGCCAGCUUCCUCAGCUGGCAGCAGUCAGCAGAGGAGCGCCUGCUCUCCCUGGAGGAGGCCCGGCUAGAAAGGGAGGUGCGAGCAGAGGAGCGGCGGGAGCAGCAGGAAGAGAGGAGGGCAGAACAAGAACGCCAGCAUGAGCUCCGUCUGUUCAGUAUGCUCACCGGGGCCUUGGCUGCUGUCAGACAGGGUGCUCCCACCCCUGCAACAACUCCUAAUGACUCCCCUGUCUCACACCUAGCUCAUCGGUCGGCCUCACUGUGUACCACAAACGCCCCCUCUGCCUCAUCAUCUUUAUCUCGGCCUCUUUCUGAGGCUCCGGCUACACAAGCUGCUUCCACUGCGGAGUCACCAAAGACAACACCUCCUACAUCGUCCCAGGCCUGCAAAACAGCUCAGCAUGUUUUGGCAACACUGAGGCUUGGAGAAACACCUGGCUGCAGCGCGUACCUGUCCAAGCGUGGUAACAGCAUUCGACAGCACCAAGGGAUUCUCCAGGAGGGAUACACCCAGUAUCAUGCAGACAGACAUCAUGACACAGACAACCCUGAUGGUAUCAUCAACAUGGGGACCAGUGAGAACAAACUAUGCUACGAUCUGCUCCACAAACGGCUGACCCAGCCUGACAUGUUGGAUAUUGACCCAUCCUUGUUGCAGUAUCCAGAUUGGAAGGGACAUAAAUUUCUGAGAGAAGAGGUUGCAAGUUUCCUGUCUCACUAUUGUGCCUCUCAGAACCCACUGAAAGCAGACAAUGUUGUGGUGAUGAAUGGCUGUGGUUCCAUCUUCUCAUCUAUUGCUGCAGUAAUUUGUGACCCUCAAGAUGCCAUUCUGAUUCCUACUCCAUUCUAUGGUGUUAUCACCGAGGACGUGCACUUGUAUAGUGAAGUCAAACUCUUUCAUGUUCCCCUUGACUGUGAGGCCACAGGCAAAGACAGCCGACCCUUCCACCUCACAGUAGCCAAACUGGAGGAAGGCCUGAGAAGGGCUAAGCAAGAGGGGCUGAUUAUAAGAGCUGUUAUCCUGGUGAACCCCCACAACCCUCUGGCAGAGAUCUACACCCCUAAGGAGAUGAUUGCCUUCUUGGAGUUUGCCAAAAGACAUGAGCUCCAUGCCAUCGUAGAUGAGGUGUACAUGCUGACGGUCUUUGAUGAAUCGGCCACGUUUCACAGUGUCCUCAGUAUGGACAGUUUGCCAGAUCCACAGAGAACGCAUGUAAUGUGGGGGAUCAGCAAGGACUUUGCGAUGGCCGGGCUCAGAGUGGGCAUUCUUUAUACUGAGAACAGAGACUUAGUGGAGGCCUUGGACCAGCUCGGCUCAUUCCAUGGAGUCCCUGGACCGACCCAGCACCAGGUGGCACGACUUCUUCAGGACAGAGAUUGGGUCAAUGAAUUUUUACCUGAAAACAGACGCAGACUGAAAACUGCUCACAACUACCUGACAGGAGAGCUGCAGAGCAUGGGUGUCCCCUACCUACACAGGCCAGCUGCGUUCUACGUCUGGGCUGACCUCAGGAAGUACCUCAGAGAGCCGUCGUUUGCAGAGGAGCUGUCUCUGUGGAGGCGCUUCCUCCGACACAAGGUGGUGGUGAGCUGUGGCCAGGCCUUCUCCUGCUCCACACCCGGCUGGUUCCGCAUCGUUUUCACAGACCAACAGCAGCACCUUCAGCUCGGCUUGGAGCGAAUUAGGGAGGCUUUGAAAGAAAUCGAAGGACAGAACGCCAGCCCUGAUUCAGACCCUAUCAAAGAAGCCAGUGAUGAGUCUAAAAAGUCAGUGAAAGAGGACGGUGCAGAUCCAGACAAUGCUGUGAUUGUCAAUUCAACAUUAUCACCCCAGAGCAAGUCAUCAGAGCAGCUGAAGGAAAAGGAUAGCCCUGUUCCUGACACCACCCCGCCGGCCAGCGAGGAGUUUGAGCUGCUGGAUUGUGAGGCAUCGAAGCCAACAGAGAGUCUGAGCUCUCUGAUUGGUGUUCUAAGGAAUCAGAUCCACUCCUCUGAUUGGCUGGAAAAAAACACUCCAGAGCUGUCUGCUGGGGAGGAUCCAGAGAUUCUUGACGUGUUCAAGGACCUGCUGCAAAGAGCCAAGAAGUAAGGUUAAGACUGAUGGGCAGACGAAUCAGUGCCAAAUCCAAAAGACAGUGCUCUGGCAUUCUUCUUACUCCCUGUGUUUAUGGUAAGAAGGCUCAUGUGAAUUUUACCAGACACAAGGAGGCUGAAAUUUUAUACUUGUUUUAGAGAAGUAUUGGGGGAAACAUGACCCGAGAACAGGCCAAAGAGGAGAGCAGGAGGACGGUAAUACUAGAAGUCAGGUUGGAUGAAGAUAGCACUUUUUAGAGACAAUUAAAAAAAAAAAAAAAAAAAAACCCUACAUCAAGAUGCCUUAUUUCUAAGUUGUUAAGGAAGAUGGCCUUGCUAUUUUUU